AUGACCGAUAUCCUUAACAUUGAAGGCGAGUCGGUCUUUGACGAUCGUAUCGUCAAGAUCGAGACUCACACGUACAACCCGUACGCCAACACGAUGUUUGAGCACAGCGACGAGAUACGAAUACCCAUACAACAACAGGAUCUGUAUACGUUGCCGUAUGAGAGUUUUCUAUACAUCGAGGGAAAACUAGCGAUAAACGAACCGGCUGAAGGAUCUAAUGUGGUACUGGGAAAUAAUCGCGUUGCGUUCAUGUUCGAUGAGAUUCGAUACGAACUCGACGGUGUGGAGAUUGAUCGUAACAGAAAUGUUGGAAUAACUAGCACACUCAAGAACUAUGUAACGGUAUCAUCCAAUAGAACCGUGAUUAUGAGGAACGCCGGCUGGGAUGCGCAGACUAACGAUGAGAUCCGAUACGAACUCGACGGUGUGGAGAUUGAUCGUAACAGAAAUGUGGGAAUAACUAGCACACUCAAGAACUAUGUAACGAUAUCAUCCGAUAAAACCGUGAUUAUGAGGAACGCCGGCUGGAAUGCGCAGUACGCAUUAACAGAUAACAAUAAUGCGAAUGGAUACUUCAAUUUUUGCGUACCGCUCUACAUGUUAUUGGGAUUUUGCGAGGAUUACAGACGCGUGGUGAUUAACGCUCGUCACGAGUUGAUCUUAAUACGAUCGCGCAACGACAACAAUUGUCUGCUUGGAAAUUUGGCACUGGAGCCUGUGAUCGAUAUAUUCAAGAUACAAUGGCGAAUGCCACACGUGGUAUUGAACGAGAUCAACAAGCUGUCGAUACUGCGUGCUUUGGAAAGCGGACGAUACCUCAGCAUGGGUUUCCGCUCGUGGGAUCUGUACGAAUUUCCGCUAUUGCAGCGUACAACCAAGCAUUCGUGGCCCAUUAAGACCGCGACUCAUUGUCAGCUGGAGAAACCGCGAUACGUUGUCUUCGCUCUGCAGAUAGGCCGGAAGAACGUCAUGUCGUUGAUAUAA